CAUUAUGACUUUAUCAACAACAUAAUAAUGGAAGGUAAUAAAGCAACGAAUGGCCGUCACUUUGUUGCACGCUGCUUUGCACAUGCAUCAAAGACAUUCAAAUCAUGCAAUAUCACAUAAAGAAACAUGCGGGCGCGCACACACACGCACACACCCCCACACACACACACACUCACACUCACACACACACACGCCUUUUCAUUGCACUAGACUUCAUUCAUGACAGAAGGAGGGAUGAUUACAUCACGGGCUGCAGCCAAUGGAGUGGAGGAGGACGCUAUAAAGCAAGAGCCCAUUCUCUCUUUUGGGGACAUGAGGAGUAAACUUGGGGCUGAGCUGUAUUUUGACAUCUUGGGACUCCUCUUGGAUUUCAUCGCUCAUCUGUUUGCUCAAAGGAGCAGCCAGAAAAUUAUAAGGACAUCGCCAUGGCGCUAAUGAUUCUACCGUUGGUCGGGGCCGUGUCUGUGUCGGAGAGCCUGGUGGCUCUGACCACACUGUGUCUGGUCUACCUGUUGCUCAAGUUCUUCCGUGGUGACAUCCCCGAGGGGCUCCGGCGGCUCCCGGGUCCUAAGGCCUUGCCCAUCAUCGGCAAUGUGCUACAAGUGGGCAACAGACCUUACCUGAGCCUUACGGCAAUGAGCAAGCGCUACGGCCCCGUUUUCAAGAUCCAGAUCGGCAUGCGCCCCGUGGUGGUGCUGAGCGGCAAUGAAACGGUGCGACAGGCACUCAUCAAAAAAGGCGAAGACUUCUCGGGGAGGCCCGACCUGUACACCUUCCGCUUUAUCAAUGACGGUGAGAGUCUGGCCUUCAGCACGGACCAGGCAGGUGUGUGGCGGGCCCGUCGUAAGCUGGCCUACAGCGCCCUGCGCUCCUUUGCCACCCUGGAUGGCACUUCGUCACAGUACUCAUGCAUGCUGGAGGAGCACAUCUGCAAGGAGGGCGAGUACCUCGUAAAGCGGCUAAAUAACGUCAUGAAGGCCGACGGCAGCUUCGAUCCCUAUCGUCACAUCGUCGUCUCCGUAGCCAACGUCAUCUGCGGGAUGUGCUUUGGCCGGCGCUACGACCAUGACGACCAGGAGCUCCUGAGCUUGGUGAACCUCAGCGACGAGUUCAGCCAGGUGGUAGGCAGUGGCAACCCCGCCGACUUUAUUCCGGCUCUUCAGUUCCUGCCAAGUGCCACCAUGAGGAAGUUUGUGAGCCUCAAUACCCGCUUCAACGACUUUGUGCGGAAGAUUGUGACCGACCACUACGCCACUUUCAACAAGGACAACAUUCGUGACAUCACUGACUCCCUCAUCGACCACUGCGAGGACAGGAAGCUGGACGAGAAUUCCAAUGUCCAGUUGUCGGACGGCAAGGUCGUAGGGAUUGUCAACGACCUCUUUGGAGCUGGCUUUGAUACCAUCUCAACUGCCUUGUCCUGGUCAGUCAUGUACUUGGUGGCUUAUCCGGAGAUUCAGGAGAGGCUUUUUCAGGAGCUGAAGAAUAAAGUGGGACUCCACCGCACUCCUAUUUUAUCCGACAAAGCCAACCUGCCCUUCCUGGAGGCCUUCAUACUGGAAAUCCUUCGUCACUCGUCGUUCCUCCCCUUCACCAUCCCCCACUGCACCACAAAAGACACAUCUCUGAACGGCUUUUUUAUUCCUAAAAACACCUGCGUUUUCAUCAAUCAGUGGCAAAUCAAUCACGACCCUGAAAUCUGGAAGGAUCCUUUAUCCUUCAACCCAGAACGCUUCCUGAGCGCUGACGGUACUGAGCUCAACAAGCAGGAAGGCGAAAAGGUGAUGAUUUUUGGCCUUGGAAAGCGUCGCUGCAUUGGAGAGGUCAUUGCGCGGCACGAGGUCUUCCUCUUCCUGGCCAUCAUUGUGCAAAGGCUGCGUUUCCACGGCACGCCCGGUGAGCCCGUGGACAUGACGCCUGAGUACGGCCUCACUAUGAAGCACAAGCGCUGCCAGCUGAGAGCCACCAUGCGCCCGUUAGACGUGCAGUGAAGACCGAGCGGUAAAUAUCAAUGAACUGUAGGCAGUGCUGGGAUUAACGCAACCACUAUAACUAUCAUAGUGACGUACAAUGUGAUUUGAAUUCAUAUCACUGAAUUUCAAUUCAUCGACAUGUCCAUCUUAAUCAUCUGCAACAAUUAUAGUUGGCAGAUAUUAAGGUAAUAGGAACUGAGCCGUGUCGCAAAUUGUGGAAAACAAAUGCCUUUAUUGGAUGACUCCACCGCAUUUUGUUUUUGAGAAUUUGUUGUAUUAAUAGUUUAACUCAUAAAUAUUUUAUUAUGCUCAUUGGUCGAGGGGAAAUUUCCCCUAAAGCCCAAUGUAUACUUUUUGUUGUACAUGCAGUCAUUUUAGGAAAUUUAGUGAAACGUGCACAAAGAGUGCUGGUUCACAUGAGGUCGACUGGUAGGGAUGAUGCCUUGCUGAAGGACACCUCAACAGCAGCCAGCAAGCAAACUAGCAUUUCUCCAACAAUCAAUUGACAUUUUGAAAUUUUUGUCCGUCGUCAGACUCGAACUAAUAUCCUCGAACUCCAAUAUAACACAUUUCAAGCUCAUUUAAGAAAAAACUAGCAUUUUUUUUUGAAAACAUUCUUCAGACAUGUGAAUGAACAUGUGACAUAGACUCUCAGUAACUUCCACUAACAACCCUGGCUAAAGGUAGCUCAUCCCUGAUAUCCAAAGCUCGUCUCUCAGUCAAAAUGUAUCAAUUCAAAAGUGUUUUCCCACUUUUUGUGGGGCAUAGAACUAAGUACUGCCGCAAAUAGUGAAACUGCGAAGUAAAAAAGGUUUUUAUGAAUUGGCUUUAGAUGUCACAAGAAGAGGAACACUGUACUUGUUCAACACCAAUUACUGCACUGCUUUCCUAUUUAGAAUGGCCUUGAUAUCUUGGGGCAUUUCAGAACGAGCACAAAAUGCGCCUGGGUCAGUUUUUCAGUGAAAAAUUGAGGAUAGGUUCCACAGCAAAAAAAAAAACCCAAAACACUCAAAUAGGUGAAUUUGGAUGAAAUUGUGAAACGCAAAUAUGCAGGAUUUUGCUGUACUCCCCCUUGCUGUAAUUUAGGUUUGUGUUUAAGUCCUGCCUCACAGUUUGGUCCAGCUCUCCUGCCACUGGCCAGUUUAUGAUUGACUCGUCCACUAUUAUAGCAGCAAUGGGAAUUGAUCCUGACACCACUCUGCUUUCCAAUUCCGGAACAGUCAUACUGUAAUAUAACAAAUGACAUAGAUACUGUACGUAUGUCAUUAAUGUGCAACAAAAGGGCAAUAUUGUCAGAAUGUUACCUACACGACGUCAAAUUGAAGCCACUCAGCAAAAAAUGUUGUGAAGAAAUGUUUUUGCCAAUGUCCUUGUUAGGGUUUUUGGUCACGCUGCUAUCUUUUGACUCUGAAUGAAAUGCAAAUGACAUUAUGCUGUUCAUAUUUUAAUAACCCAUUAUAAUGUGGAUGUUAGGACACUGAAGCUAUAUUUGUAUCCUAAAAUGUGAUUUUUGUGUUUCUAUCAAUUGUUUUGUAAAGUGAUUUUAUGUGCCUAAAAAUUGCAUCUAUUUCAGGGGAAAUCACUUUGCUGUAUACAGUAUAUGUUCAUAUGCGUGUGUGCAUUUGUGGUUAUUUGAUUUGCCAGAAUACCAAAAGUUUUAUUUUGUAAUACAACAGUAAGCUAGACAAUUUGUCAUUUCUAUCAUUAUUAUGAUAAGUGGAGACAUGAUGGUUGACACGCAAUAAAAACAUGUUCAAAGCAUUGUGUGCUUUAUUAAAAACAAUGGUUAUUAAAAAAACUGAAAACA